AAGAAUCCCCCGUCGAAAUAGCGAAGGUUCCGAUUGCGCGCCAAAAACUCAAACAGCUGAUAGAGACGGAGAUGGAAGAAACGAGACGUGCGCUGGAGGAGCUGUUCUCUCUUCUCAAGUGUGUACAGUGCGAGGACCUGCUUCAAGAGCCGCACAUUGUUGGCCUGUGCGGCCACACAGUAUGCAGGCGCUGCAUCGGUCGCCGUGAUGCGUGUGGUAUCUGUGGCUCCCCGACAACACAACGCGAGCUCAAGCCGGACCCGCAGAUUAGCGGCGUGCUCACUUGCGCCGCGAAGCUCGAACAGCUCCUCUCAAACUCAAAAUUCAGCGGUGAAACAGCACCGGGUGGGGAUGGCUGCUUGCAAGAUGCUGCCCAUGCCAGUGAUGUUGGCACUGACAGAGGUGCCAAAGAUGCUGGGCAACCUGGUUCACCUGCUGCAAGGGGCACACCUGCUAAAGGUGUCCAAGAGAGAAGCAGCAGCAUGGGAGUCAACACCAGGAAGGUUGCAGAGAGGCGGAACCGUUUAGGGGAGACACCCCUGCAAGUGGCAGCUAUCAAGGGUGAUGCAGCCCGUGUAAAGGCCCUGCUCAGUGGAGGUGCCAAUCCCAAUGUUCGUGACAACGCUGGCUGGACACCUCUACACGAGGCUUCCAGCCAAGGCGCCGUGGAAGUGGUGCGUCUGUUGCUUGCAGCCGGUGCAUGUGUCAACGCAGCCGGUCCAGAUGGUGUCACACCACUGCAUGAUGCUGUGCUCAGUAAUGUGCCCGAUGUGGUGCUGCAACUGUGCAGUGCAGGAGCUGACAUAGAUGCCAGGACCAAUGAUGGCCGAACCCCUGUGUCACUUGCCCAAAGUGAACUGAUGCGGGCUGCCCUGCGGUCACCUGCUGCCCCUCGGGCACACCAGCCAUCUGGAUCGCCUCGGCCGCCUCAGCAGACAAAGGAGCCUGGUGCUGUGGUGCUGCUGGCUUCCGGCUUGGACGAGACUCAGUGCCAGGCACUGGCCCAAUGUGCACGGUUGCUGGGAGGCAGCUGCACGGCGGCCUUCUCCCGUGAUGUGAGCCACCUGGUGGUGAGCUGUGACAAACAGGGCAACUGCUGCCAGCGGACACUGAAAGUGCUCAGCGCUAUGGCUGCUGGAACAUGGAUUGUCAACUUUUCUUGGGUCGAGGAUUGUCUACAGCACGGCCUCCGCAUAGAUGAGGCUUCACACGAAGCCCAAGGGGUGCGGCAACACCCGAACAGCAAAGCUCCACAGCGUGCGCGCCUCAGCGGCGGUGGCACCCUGUUCUCCGGCUACAGCGUUGUCCUGCAGGGCCCCUUUUCACGAGGACCCUCACGGGACGAGUUGGCCACGCUUCUCACGCUAGCCGGUGCUCGCCUGCUCAGCAGAGUGCCCCCCAGUGGUGACCACAACCAGGCUGUGCUUGUGGUCACCGAUUCACCCGCCACAAGCCGCACCCAUGCAGCCACCUAUGUUGAACCUGCAUGGCUGUUGGACUGCAUUUCACGCUUUGAGAUCACCCUGCCUUCAUCAUCAUAGCAACUCCAUGGCAUGCAACAGCGGCUCACGAAUAUUUCUGAAUAAAUAUUUGGGUGACUGUUAGCCACCCCUCUAUCACCAUGUGCCCAUUUGUAAGAGUGGUUCAAUUUUAGCUUUAUAUAACGUCAAGCCAUACUUAAAUGACAGGUGCUCUACCAGUUAAAAAUAAAGGUUAAUACUGCCAUAUUACAGAGCACCACAGUUACCAAAGCAUUCUGCAGAAGUCUCGAAUAAGAUGUAAAGAAAAACUUGGAAGCAUGCACAGUUCAAAAGUACUGUGCAUCAUUCCAUGUGUGUAAACCUUUUGCUGCAGUCAGCUUAUGCUACAUUGACUUGUACUGUAAUUGCAACAUUUUUAGCCUUUGACAGUGUUCUGCAAAAAAAAGCUUAAUUCCCUUGCAUGCAAGAAUUGUACGCCACAGUUUGCAGACUCCUGCUUUCCAUCUUUCAGACUGUUUCCAUUUAGUCACUUACUUGGCGGAAAGAUGCGAUUUUCUGAUGAGCAUGCUUGAAUGUUACAUACAUCUUGCAAUUGAGGGAAAGUGAUUUUGCAACCACAGGAAAAUGUUACGAUAUACAAUACAUGUCACCAGAAUGUCUGGAACAUACCUACUCCUCAUGACAGCUAUGCUAAACGUUCAGUAUCACAUAUAUCUUUCCAGCAUUGCUCAAUAGUUUUGUA